GCCGCAGGACUCGCUCACAGCUGCUGGGGCUCAGGCUCCCAGGGCAAGGCCGAGAUGGCGACUGUAGCUUGGCUACUGGGUCGGCGCGUGGCGAGCUGGAGGCCGCGACCGCCACUGCAGCCGCUCGCCGGCCUGAUUACCCAGCGGGCCAACUCGCUGUUGCCCGUGGACGAUGCAAUCAAUGGGCUAAGGGAGGAGCAGAAGCAGCUUCGUCAGACCAUGGCUAAAUUCCUUCAGGAGCAUCUGGCACCCCAUGCCCAGGAGAUUGAUCGGAGCAAUGAGUUCAAGAACCUGCGAGAGUUUUGGAAGCAGCUGGGGGACCUGGGAGUCUUGGGUGUCACAGCCCCUGUUCAGUAUGGCGGCUCCGGCCUGGGCUAUCUGGAGCACGUGCUGGUGAUGGAGGAGAUAUCCCGAGUCUCUGGAGCAGUGGGUCUCAGUUACGGUGCCCACUCCAACCUCUGCCUCAACCAAAUUGUUCGUAAUGGAAACGAGGCCCAGAAGGAGAAGUACCUCCCCAAGCUGAUCAGUGGUGAAUACGUCGGAGCCCUGGCCAUGAGUGAGACAAAUGCUGGCUCCGAUGUUGUCUCCAUGAAGCUGAAAGCAGAAAAGAAAGGAGAUCACUAUGUCCUGAAUGGCAACAAAUUCUGGAUCACCAAUGGCCCUGAUGCUGAUGUCCUUAUUGUCUAUGCCAAGACAGAUCUGGCUGCUGUGCCAGCUUCUCGGGGCAUCACAGCCUUCAUUGUGGAGAAGGGUAUGCCAGGCUUCAGCACCUCCAAGAAGCUGGACAAGCUGGGGAUGAGGGGCUCUAACACCUGUGAGCUAAUCUUUGAGGACUGCGAGGUUCCUGCUGCCAACAUCCUGGGCCAUCAAAGUAAGGGCGUCUACGUGCUGAUGAGUGGGCUGGACCUGGAGCGGCUGGUGCUGGCCGGUGGGCCCCUCGGGAUCAUGCAGGCCAUCCUCGACCACGCUAUUCCCUACCUGCACGUGAGGGAAGCCUUUGGCCAGAAGAUCGGCCACUUCCAGUUGAUGCAGGGGAAGAUGGCAGACAUGUACACCCGCCUCAUGGCCUGUCGGCAGUACGUCUACAAUGUCGCCAAGGCCUGUGAUGAGGGCUACUGCACCGCCAAGGACUGCGCUGGGGUGAUUCUUUACUCAGCCGAGUGCGCCACACAGGUAGCCCUGGACGGCAUCCAGUGUUUGGGUGGCAAUGGCUACAUCAACGACUUUCCCAUGGGCCGCUUUCUGAGAGAUGCCAAGCUGUAUGAGAUCGGGGCUGGGACCAGUGAGGUGAGGCGGCUAAUCAUCGGCAGAGCCUUCAACGCAGAAUUCCACUAACUCCAAGGCCCUUAAUCCCCUUUCCCAGCACCUAGAGGCCUUUCUCUGGAAGGAGAGACGCGGCAGCUCUUCUCCAGGCAGGCCCUGCCCACCGGCCCAGGAAAAGUGUGCAGCGGCUUAACAUGGACUCCUCAGGAAGCAUGCUGGCUUUUCUGGGGCUCAGUGGGAGGGCUUUGGUGACUCUGCGCCCUUGCUCUCUAACUUCAAGCCUGAUGCCCCACCCCCGCUCCCAGGGUGGGCACCCUUUUUCCUGGUGAGCCUCUGCCAGGGAACCCUCUGCUCAAGUACACCAGAAGCAUUGCCCCUCUCCUUAAUUUGAACUUGGUAGCCUCUUUUCUUUCUGGGGAAAAAUACCCCCCAAACCUAGCCUCUGUUUCUGCCAAUUUCUAGAGGCAUCAGCUCCCAGCAGCUUGUGAGUGGGCACCCCCUCUGCAGCAGCCCCUCCAUCCCUCAUUCUUUAAGCUGAAAUCCUACCACUGGGGUAGAGCUCUGGGAAUAGGCAUCUCAGAACACCUGUGCCACCCAGAGUCCACGGUGGGGCAGAGGUCAGCGUGCUCGUGAAGGACGGGGCUCAACGCCUCCAGCACAACGCUGCCACCGCCACCAUCCAGUCCUGGCCAUGUGACAGCCCACCGCUGACUGGGCAGCAGGCCUGGGUUGGCUGGCUCAACUCCAGCCAAGGCUGCCUGCAUACAUUUCUCUGGACACCCUAUGGCUAAUUUUGUUACAACUGCACAGUGGCUGCUGCCAUUUUGUAUUAAACAUUUCAUGAAGCAAA